CAGUGGCAGCGGCGGCGGUAGCGGGCUCCCCAGCGGCAUGCCAGUGCCCCCCGGGCGCGAUGGCUAGCGGCAGCGCUGGGAAGCCCACUGGCGAGGCGGCUUCUCCGGCUCCUGCGAGCGCCGUCGGGGGGGCCUGCUCGCAGCCGCGGAAGAGGCUGGUGUCCGUCUGCGACCACUGCAAGGGCAAGAUGCAGCUGGUGGCCGACCUGCUGCUGCUGUCGAGCGAGGCGCGGCCCGUGCUCUUCGAGGGCCCCGCCUCCUCCUGUGCUGGCGCCGAGUCCUUCGAGCAGUGCCGGGACACGAUCAUCGCGCGCACCAAGGGGCUCUCCAUCCUCACCCACGACGUGCAGAGCCAGCUCAACAUGGGCCGCUUCGGGGAGGCGGGGGACAGCCUGGUGGAGCUGGGCGACCUGGUGGUGUCGCUGACCGAGUGCUCCGCCCACGCGGCCUACCUGGCGGCCGUGGCCACGCCGGGCGCGCAGCCCGCGCAGCCGGGCCUGGUGGACCGCUACCGAGUGACGCGCUGCCGCCACGAGGUGGAGCAGGGCUGCGCCGUGCUGCGCGCCACCCCGCUGGCCGACAUGACGCCGCAGCUGCUGCUGGAGGUGUCGCAGGGCCUGUCGCGCAACCUCAAGUUCCUGACGGACGCGUGCGCCCUGGCCAGCGACAAGUCCCGGGACCGCUUCUCCCGCGAGCAGUUCAAGCUGGGCGUCAAGUGCAUGAGCACGAGCGCGUCGGCGCUGCUGGCCUGCGUGCGCGAGGUGAAGGCGGCGCCCAGCGAGCUGGCCCGCAGCCGCUGCGCGCUCUUCAGCGGGCCGCUGGUGCAGGCCGUGAGCGCCCUGGUGGGCUUCGCCACCGAGCCGCAGUUCCUGGGUCGCGCGGCGGCCGUGAGCGCCGAGGGCAAGGCGGUGCAGACCGCCAUCCUGGGCGGCGCCAUGAGCGUGGUGUCGGCCUGCGUGCUCCUGACCCAGUGCCUCAGGGAUCUGGCGCAGCACCCCGACGGGGGCGCCAAGAUGUCGGACCACAGGGAGAGGCUGAGGAACUCGGCCUGCGCCGUGUCUGAAGGCUGCACCCUGCUAUCUCAGGCUUUACGGGAGAGGUCUUCGCCCAGGACUUUACCGCCAGUGAAUUCCAAUUCUGUGAAUUAGCACCCGCCCCGCGCCCCUUCUUUCUUCCCCCCCAGACUAGAGGAAGAUACUUACUCUCCGCCCCUCUCCAUUUAUACCAAAGAAAUCCCAGGGGAAGCUCCCCCCCCGCCCCGCCCCCAUGUCAGACGCUCCAGAGGAACCUUCCAGAGAGCGGGGCCGUGCGCUCCCACGACACCCGCGCGCACGGUGGGGGGGGGGGAAGGCGGGGGGGCAAUGCCAAUCUACGCACACCCAGCAGGGACCCGGAGGUGGCGUGCCCCCACCGCGCCCCAGCACCUCUUCUGGAGUUCCUCCACUAAAUUUUCUUAUCAGUUGGGCAGGAACGAGGUCAUGGGUUCGUUUCUUUUUCGGUCUUUUCGUUUUUGUUUUUUCCUAAUUAAAAGAAAGGUUACCUCAGUUUCACUCCUUAGACAUGGAUGUAGCUACCUUUUUUGUAUGUUGUUAUUUUUUUAAGCAAUCGUGUUGGAUUAGGCGUAUACUUGGUGUGGAAAGAGUAUGACUUUGCCAUGUGAUUUGCAAAUGGGGGGAAAAGCUACUGUGAGUGUGUGUUUUAUUUUUUAAUUUACACUAUAGAGUGGUUCCCCCCCUGCCCUCCCCCCCCCAUGUCAAGUUUUUACCUUGCAUGUACUGGAGUAUUUAUUUCAUCUAUUAAAAUGUUAUGUUUCUCAGAUGGCCUUUUGCAAUUAUUGUUGAUUUUCAAUAAUUGUAAUAACGUUGCAUGCCUGCAUGUCGUCUCUGGAAGGGCACCCUGGAAAGAAAGCAGUGCCUCCCCGCCUUAGCCCUGUCUCCCUUUUCCCUCGAGGGUGACCUCUUUGAGCAGCCUAGAAUUCGAGAACACUGUCCUCGCAGAGCCAGGUGCCCCGGGAAUGAUCGCAGUAUGCAUGGUGCUGGCGCUGGGCUGGCCCGUGGGGGUUUUGUCGUGCCUCUGGUUUCUCCUGCAAAGUACUUCAGCCCCCUCUGUGUCUGCGCCUCUGUCUGUCCUGAUGGACAGUGGUUCAGGCUGACCGAGGUCUGAUUUGUAUUCUGCCUAUCUCAGAUUCAGGCUCUUCCUAAUCCUGCGUGGUACCCCACCCUUCCCGGGUCAGAGGAUCUGUUUGCUGGAGCUGAAAAGUGCGUUCUAGCAAGGACUUUCAGGAGACUUUGUGGCCUCUUUUAUGUGGGCGGGUCUGUUCACACAAGACCCAGUCACUCCUGAUUGUAGGACAAAGCUCGCAGGAUCCUAGACUGUUUAACAGAGGGAGAGCUAUUCUGGAAAGUGUUAAGAACUUUUAGAGCUAUAACAUAGCUGCUGGCAAAGGGCUGAUUUUUGUGACCUUGAUCUAAGAUCUGCCCUGGUUGAUCUUAUGUUGGAAGAAGGCUUCGUUAACUGAGGUUUGGAGUUAUUUUAAGGGAGUUUGUCCUUUCUGCAGACAUUUUAAGAAAAAAAAUUGGGGAGGGAGGGCUGUAGAGUUUUGCUGAACCUUGUUAAGUUUUGGACGUUUUCCCACUGAAAGUGUAACAUUCUCAGUGCUUGCCCUGGGAAAGCCACAUGGGUAAAAACUCCUACGUGCUUUAAAUUUGCUCAGUUUACAUUUUUCUUCAGAUUUGUUGUGCCUAAACCUUUGUAGUUCCCAAGGAUCUGAGAAGAAAGCAUUUUUCACUGUAAUAUGUUAGAAAGUCCUAUUGACUGUUUUACUUGAAUAGCUGUAUUUAUUACAAGAACAUAUUCAACACGUAAAGCAUCUUUAAACCUGUGUUGGGUAAGAGUAGGAUCCGGGAGCUGCUCUGAAUUCGAUGUUUGGGAAAGUCUUAAAGCGGUAGUGUACCUACAUUUCUUAGAAACAGUCAAGGGAGCUGUUGUUUCUCUCUUAGGCCGGGUAGAUUUGAACUGUUAAAGUCUUUAAAAAGUGACAAUGACCUUGAGAAUGUUUCUUCCUCUACCCCCUGCCCUUUAGUCUGGGUGGGUCAGGUUUUGGGAACUAUUUGCGGGGAGGAAACUGAACCCACGUGCCAAUGACAACCCUGCUUGCAUAUUAGGACUUUUACUUACUUUUAUUUAUUGGAUAUACAUAAGUAAUUAUAGAGUUUCUAAUUAUGUGGUUCAUUUAGCCUAUGCAGAUCACAAAGAGUAAACUGAAAGGAACAAAGUAAAACAGAAUUAGAGCCAGAAAUCUGUAAAUUUGGUGUUUGAUUAAGACGAAAAUGAUUGCCAGUUGUUCCUUGGACUCAUUCCUUUUGCAGAAGCAAUUUUCAGGACAGUGUAUGCCAAAAAAAUAUAUAUAUAUAUAUAUAUCGCUUUCCCUAUCUACUUGGAUGAAGUUAACUAGCUUGCCACCAAAUUAAUUUUGAAACUUCUUUUUGUCUUAGCCAACUGAUUGUGGCUCUUUACAUUUCUGUAUAUUAAAGAUGUUGACUUGUAAUAUUCAAAA